AUGGAGGUUGACCGGGUGUAUUUCGGGCAGGUGAACAACAACGGCGUGAUCUCCUUCGGCACCCGCGUCAACCAGUACAACCCCGACCCCUUCCCAUUGGCCGACGGGCGCCCCUUCGUUGCCCCGUACUGGGCGGACGUCAACAACGUCCUAGGAGGGGACGUCUUCUACCGAGAGACCACCGACCCGGCGCUGCUGACCCGCAUCACCAGGGACAUCAACCAAUACUUCCCCCAGACCUCCUUCACCGCCACCUGGGCUUUUGUGGCCACCUGGGACCACGUGGCCUACUACGGCUCUACCUCCACCAAGGGGAACACCUUCCAAGCCGCCCUCACCACCGACACCAAGACGUCCUUCAUCGUCCUCAACUACGGGGACAUCCAAUGGACCACGGGGGAGGCAAGCGGAGGUGACCCCGAAACCGGUCUCGGUGGCACCCCGGCCCAU